AUGAGUGGAACACGAGGGCCCUUCAGGAGUUUCGUCAUCGGCCUCAUACAGAUCAUCACCGUCAUUUGUCAGGUGUUGACGGAGGACCCCCGAUUCGCGGAACCCAUUCCCAACGUGACCGUCGCACUGGGCCGUGACGCGAGUCUCCCUUGUGUCGUCGAACACCUCGGAAACUAUAAGGUAAGUGCCGCGUACUGGAUUACGGCGAAUCCAAAAGAAAGAGCUGUCAAACGAUUCGCGAUAUAG